AUGGCAUUCCACUGGCUCAGGGAGAACAACAUCAACUCAGUCGUUCUGAGUGUAGAACCAUUCCUGAUAGCUGUGCUGGCCAGCACUAGAAUCGGCAGGACGCUGGACCUGUCCGACAACUUCAUUGAAAACAUUGUGCCGCAACACUUUCAAGACAUCGGCGGCAGCGUGAAAACCAUUAACCUGAGUAUGAAUUUGCUGGCCACCCUGCCCAGCAACGCUUUCCAAUUCACAACCGUUCUACAGACACUAGAUCUGAACGGAAACGUCUUAACCAUCAUCAACGCCUCGGCUUUUCAAGUUCCUUCUUCCACUUCCACAGCAAACCUUCCCAUUAAAAGCUUGCACCUUAACAACAACAAUCUAGCCGUGUUAUCGUCAAACACUUUCUCUGCCUUGCCGAACCUUGUGGUCAUAGACUUGUCGGGCAAUUUCCUGACGCACAUUGACGAUAACACGUUUUCCUCAAGUCAAUAUCUCAACAGCUUAAAUCUCACCAAUAACAGGCUGACCAGACUUCCAUAUGUGUCGUUGAACACGUCGUUCUUGUAUGCCGACGGGAAUGAAAUAACUCAUCUCCAAGGUGAUAUGCUCAGUUACGUCCACAACAGGAAGUUACGCCACAUAUCAUUGCGCAACAACAAUAUCACAACAAUUGCAAACUCGUUCUUCAACCACUUCAAGCUCCUGUAA